ACGCAAGAUUGGUGGAGCGUGGUUUGGAAUUAUAAUUUCAAUUCUGGCUAAAUGAACUUCCGCCUCCAAGCUUAUGAACAUCUUUGACGCUCACCUAACAUAAUCAUAACAGUAUAUUGUAAGCCCGACAUAAAUUUAUUAACGAAUAGGAGUCAUAUUUCCUCUGGGCAAAGUCUGUGUUAACAACGUUGACAUCGAGUUCAAACAACCUCUUAGAAUGAGUCAUGAAAGACAGUCUAACUCAACGAUUUCCAAUCCCAGCCUAUCUGGUUUGGCGCUAAAUCUGUCUCAGGCAUCAAUACCAACUGGACCAAUUCUUCUUCCAGCGUUUAUUUCUCAUGGGGCUGACGAAUUAUCGUCUUUUAUUGGAGAAAAUCCAGUAAACACAAAGACAUCUAUACCAGGAAGUGAAGAGAAAUCUCUCAACUCUGGAUCAAGUCUUGCAAAAAACACUCUUAUCUUGGAAGUAUCAACGCCUUCAGCUUGCUCUUUCAAACCGAUCGCUUCCACAACAGUCAAGUUAAAUCAGCGACCUCGUUAUGUUUUACCUCCGGAUAUAAACACUUUUUCAUCUAGCACUCCAACCAGCAUUACCAACAUACCUCUCAAUUCUCCAAUCAAGCCAUCCUCAACUUUUAGACCAAACCAAUUACUUCCUCCAUUUCCCCCAAGUAAUCCACAGAAUAAUAUACAAGCUGCACAACUUCCCGUACUCAUGGAAACGACAGAUCAACAAACACAGUGUCCUAAUCAGAAUAUUGAUCCAACCUCAUCAAUAUCAUCUUCCGUAUUGAGAACCACUUAUCAUCCAGUUGGAGCCCAUUGGUUCUAUUCUACAACUUUCGAAAAUAUAUCCGUUUGGUGGCCAUUUUCACGUCAUGAUUCAUACCAAAUUGAAACUGAGUUUUUCCGAUCAUGUUAUUCACAGUUCACAUCAGAAAAUUCACUAGCUUCUCCCAUUACCAAUACUACAUCAGAUAUGAAAGCAACAAGUGGAACUCGUGAAAUUGUUGUUCAAGUUGAUGGAGGUCGUUACGAUGUUCAUUUAACAAAAAGAGAACGUCGUUCAGUCUACUGGGACGAAUCACCAGGUCAAGUUAGACGGGCCACGUGGUUUUAUAAACCACAAGGUGAAUCACGUGUACUUCCAUUUUCGGAACGGACAUGUGACUUACUGGAAGUUCAAUACAAAUUAAUUGUAGAACAAGGUCAAUGGGGCAAACGUUUUGAUUUACCAUCAGAAGAUAAACGUGGUGGUAGUGAUGUAUUUAUUUUUAAUAGCCCACAAUCAAUGAUUCAAUAUUUAGCCUGGCCAUAUGACUUAUCUUCAACAGCGAACUCGGGAAAUGUUGUUGCCGGUACAUCAUCACCAUUUAUUCAUUUAGAUCCAAGUCAAAUAUCCCAAGAAAUGUCUUUAACUGGUCAAUUAUUCGAAGGACGUGUGUGCUACCUACAUCGUGGUCUAAAUGAACAGUUGAUGGAACAGAUUGACGAAGGAGAUUAUAAACCGAUUGAUCAGUUAUUUUUCAUUGUACAUGGCAUCGGCUCAAUAUAUAAUUUAAAAGGACAAGGUUUGAUAGAAUGUGUUAAUGACAUGAGAAAUACAGCUAAACAGUUGAGUCAAACGCACUUUCCACAUCAUCCGUAUCGUGUGGAAUUUUUGCCGAUUCUUUGGCACGAUGAAUUACAUUCGGAUACUGUGACUGGUUUAGACAAACAGUUGGAACAAAUCACUCUUGGUAGUAUACCGAAAUUAAGACAAUUCACAAAUGAUUCAUUAAUGGAUAUAUUGUUUUAUACAAGUUCUAAAUAUUCACAACUAAUUGUAAAUACAGUGGCUAGAGAGAUUACUAGACUACGUGAAUUAUUUAUUUCACGUAAUCCAAACUUUACCGGUAAUAUCUCUAUUAUCGGUCAUAGUUUAGGGGCUGUCAUAUCGUUUGAUUUAUUAUGCCAUCAAGCUGCUUAUUCAUUAUACACUACCACAACUGAUCAAUCUCCUACAGUAUCGUUGUCUACAGUACAUAAUAAUAACAAUAAUAGAACAAUUGGUAGUACUUUUAUUACUAAUACAGAUUCGCAAUCGAAAACAAUAAAUGAUGUGAAUUAUGUUGAUGAACUACAUAGUGAAGUAAAGGUCGACCAGUUUACAGAUGAUAUUAUGAGUUCUUCCAAAAUAUCAGCAACUACUUUUCCUGCUUCUACGAUAACGAGUGUUACUAGUAGCUUUAGUAGCUGUAGUAAUGGUUCUACAACAAUGGUGACUGAUACAAACACUUCUCUGAAUAUUUCAUCAUUAUCAUCUGCCUCAUCAUCGUCAACUUGUCCAUCGAAAGAUCAUAAUAAUGAUGAAAAUAAAAGUGAACAUAGUACUACUAUGUCAGAUGCAGGACAAAAUGAUAUGGGUGAAUGGUCUAUUGUUGAUGAUUGCCAUCAUCAUCGUAACCGUUCAAAAUCCAAGUUCAAUAAUGAUAAUAAUACGAAUGGAAGCCAAUCACAGCCAAUGCUCAAUCUGUCUCUAAAUAACAUCAGUCAACUUAACGAAAUCUUAUCACAAAAUGGAUUAAAUGUUGACCAAACACGUAGUAUACUUCAAUCAAUCUUAAAAUGGAAUAAAAUUAAUCAACUUAAAAGCAAAUCUGUUGAAGAUUUAGAAAAGGAAAAUAGUUAUCACGAUAUGUUGGUCAAUUCAAGUAUCAUUACUGGGCAAAUUUUACCAAACAUUGUUACAACUGCUUCAAAUUCAAUGUUGACGUCAUUUUGGUUGGAAAAUCAUUAUUUCUAUGCAAACCAGUGCAACAGUAACAAUGCUGGAUUUGGUAUUACACUGCCUAACUAUCCUCAGUUAGGCUUUACUAUAUCUGGCUUAUAUACAUUAGGCUCACCGAUACCAUUGUUUUUAACUGCACGUGGUAUUAAAACGUUGAGUAACGAAUUUCACUUGCCAACAUGUUCAACAUUUUAUAACAUAUUUCAUCCAUUCGACCCAGUUGCCUAUCGUAUGGAAACAUUGAUUGAUUCAGAAUUUCAGCAAAAAUCUGUCCUCAUUCCACAUCAUAAAGGUCGGAAACGUAUACACUUACAAUUGAAAGAUAAUUUAGCCUGGGUUGGUUCUGAAUUAAAAAGUAAAUUCUAUAAUUCAGUUCAAUCUACUUGGCGCAGUCUACAUGAAUUCGCAUUGGCUCAUAAAUUGAUUAGUGCCUCAGGUGAAUUAGGAUCUGGUUCUACUGCAUAUACUUGUGGUAACAGUUCAAAUGGAGAUGAAUUAGACGAUUAUGAAAAUGUUUGUAAUCUCACUGACAAUCGUAAUGAUGUUGUUACAACAACUUAUCGUAAUUUAACAACUCAUGAUUUAUCUUUUAACAGUCGACUUAAUCAAGGUAGACGUAUAGAUUAUGUUUUACAGGAAGCUGCUUUGGAAAGCUUCAAUGAGUACCUUUUUGCACUUACAAGUCAUGGAACCUAUUGGGAUUCAGUGGACACUGUGUUAUUUAUACUAACGGAAGCAUAUUCCGAAAAAGGUAUAGCUCCUAUAAUGCCUGGUCAGAAGAAUGUGCCUGAAAAUACAAUUCAUGUGAGAGCAUUAUCACCUCUUACAUCUGCCGGUUCAACUUCUGUUCAUUCUAUGCUCAAUCCAUCUUCUGUAACAGCAGAUUUGUUAGUAAAUGUAAAUAAUGAUCAUCAGAUACCUGCAUCUCAACAAGUCGAUCAUUUAGUUUCCUUAUCUUCUGUCAACCAAAAUCAACCUUAUCCUGUUACAACUACUGUAGCUAGUACUGUUUCUUCUAUUUCCAGGAUUUCUAAUAUUCGAGGUCAACUGCCACCAUCCUUACCAUACAUGACACCUCCCCCAGUCAUUCUCACCACUACCACUAAUAAUAAUACUCAUUAUAUGCAAACUACGGUUACCGAUUCGUGCUACCAGGUGCCAGUUAGUCAGCACUAUUCCUCUGUAGGUCCACCAUCAUCUCAUAUCUUCUCUGACUGUUUAACUCAAGAAUAUAUUGCUCCACAAAUUCCUGUUUGUAUGUCACAAGAGUUUUCAAAUACCACUGGAAAUUAUAUGCAAACGCAAAAACAACAUCAGUAUUCAAAUAUACCAGCUUAUGCUCAUCGUAAACAAAGCUCUGUGAAUAAUUCAACUACUAGUUCUUUUACACCUUCCAUACUUCCAUUUCAUCCAACAACACCGCCAACCUCAUGCACUUCUGUUGACCAUCCAAUAUCUGUUGUGCCAUCUAUUAUCCCUGAUCUACUUUGUACUCCUACUAAUAUAUUUAUACCAACAUCAACAGUAGUGGAAAAUACGUUUUGUUCAUCAUCUCGAAUGUUCCCACCAGUAUCUCAAUAACAGCAACAAACGCUGUGUUGAGUGUUGUUUCUUCUAUUGCUUGUUUUCAGCUAUAAUGUCAAAAGAAGACGAUUUAUGUGAAUUUUUAUGGUGAUGGUUACUUUUGAGGCUGACGAUCUCCCAUAUGGAUACACAACAUAUAAUCUGAAAAUCCUUAAUUAUUUCUAUUUUGUUGCUAACCUACUUUUAUUCGGCUUCUUCAUAAUCAAAAUAGCUGUGAUUAACUUUAUUCCACUAGUUAUUUUUUACUCAUUACUUAUCUGGGUAUUUUUUAAUUCCUUUUCGUUUGAACUGUAAUGCUAGAUAAAGAGAGGACCGUUUUUAUUUGUAUUGUAAUUAUUAAAUAAGAGAAUUUAAUUUAGAAUAACUUUUUUGCUACUGUUACUGACCGAUAAAUAUUUGUUGCUCGAUAAUGUGUGAAUUGUCUCAUUCUAUUUUUUGAAUGAUGUUGCUUCGUGAUAUGAAUAUUUGUAUCUGACGAGCAAUUAACAUUACCUAUAUAUAUAUAUAUAUAUAUAUAUAUAUAUAUAUAUAUAUAUAUAUAUACAUGAGAUACUUGUGUGUC